UAUAUCUAGUUAUUUCAUUUUUUUAAGGCGAAAUUUGUAUGCGCGGGUCUAUUUGAGUCAUUUCUGUCUACACUUUCAGUGAUAAACCGUCCUUUAGAAUGAGUUUAGAAAGAUUUCGAAGUCUAGUCCGCUGUUAUAUUGAUAAGCAUCAAUAUGAUAGUGCAGUCUUCUGGGCUGACAAGGUCGUUACAAUGUCAAAAGGUGAUGUCCAUGAUGUUUACAUGCUAGCUCAGAGUCUGUAUCACACGAAGCAAUAUCACAGAGCAGCUCAUCUCAUCAGGAAUAGGAGAUUGGAUAAGACACACAAGGCUGGAAGAUACUUGGCUGCCAAAUGCUUAGAAGCUGUUCAGAAGUGGGAGGAGGCCCUCAAUGUUCUUGAGGGAUGUGAUGAGAGUGACAUCACGAUCUUUCAGCCAAGAAUUGAAGAGAUGAAAUUAGAAGACCAGAAAGACGAGCUAGACAGGAUCCCACUACAAAAUGUUGAGAGUUCGAUGUCCCUUUUGAAAGGUCAGAUCUACGAGGCCCUUGAGAAUCGUAUCCAGGCAGCAGAGUGCUACAGACAGGCUAUCUUUGAAGAUGUUCAUUGCUAUGAGGCAUUUGAGCUACUCGUCAAACACCAGAUGCUGACUGCGGAUGAAGAGAAGGACCUUCUUCAGUCAUUACCGAUCAGUGAACAGUGCCCUCUAGAGGACUUGGAGUUUGUCAGAAGUCUCUACCAAAGUAUUCUCAAGAAAUAUGACAAGCCAGUAUCAACGAAGCUAGCAGACUGCCUGAUAAGCCUCGGUAAUAAUCUAGACAUUCAGACCAAUACAGCAGAGAGACACUACUAUAACUGCGACUUCAGGACAAGCUAUAAAAUCACUCGCAGUGUACUUGAAUCAGAUCCAUUCCACGAGACGUGUUUACCAGUCCAUAUAGCAACAUUAGUGGAGCUAAAGAAAUCUAAUGAACUAUUCUACCUAGCCCAUAGAUUGGUUGAUCUUCAUCCUGAUAAAGCAGUGUCAUGGUUUGCUGUGGGAUGUUACUAUUACCUUGUAGGAAAGAAUGAACCAGCGAGAAGGUUUCUAAGCAAAGCUACAGCGAUAGAUCGUCUCUACGGACCAGCCUGGUUAGCCUUUGGACAUUCCUUUGCAGCUGAAGGAGAACAUGACCAGGCCAUGGCUGCUUACUUCACAGCAUCAAGACUCAUGAAAGGAUGUCACCUACCCCUGCUGUACGUGGGCUUAGAGUAUGGCCUCACCAAGAACUUCAAGCUAGCUGAUAAGUUCUUCAGUCAGGCUCUAGGCAUUGCAAGCAGUGAUCCAUUUGUUCUUCAUGAGAUGGGUGUGGUGGCCUUUCAUAAUGGAGACUGGGAGACUGCUGCCACACAUUUCAAUGAAGCACUGGGUAUCGUACAGAACAUCAACAGCCAGACACUAGCAGAUAAAUGGGAACCAUUACUCAACAAUCUAGGUCACGUCUACAGAAAACUCAAGAAAUACGAGGAGUCUUUGGAGUACCAUCGACAAGCCUUGAUCUUAAGUCCCCAGAAUCCCUCUACGUUCUCAGCCAUUGGUUAUGUGUAUGCUCUCAUGAGCCAGUUCUCUAAAGCCAUCGACUACUUCCACAAGGCACUUGGAGUUGGUCGUGACGAUACAUUCUCAGUGACCAUGUUAACACACAGCAUAGAGCAGUACAUAGGAGAGAUGUCACCGUGUACAGGCGGGAGUGAAACCGUUCCUGACCUGGAAGUGGUAGUCAAAGAGGAGGUCGUUGCUACGACGGAGAAGUCAAACUCAAGUCUGGACAUGGAAGUAGAGAUGGAUGAAGAAGACUCGUCAUUGUCAAAACUCUUAAUGUAGGACGCUAGUAGUGGUGGUUAGUUUACCUGACUGCUAAGUAACCAGCCAGAGGACCGACUGCUUUAGGUCCUCUCCGAGAGACCUGGUAAUGAGGAUUAAUGCCUUACCAAAGGGCACUAGCGCAUCAUCGCCUUGGUUUUGAACCCGGGUCCCUGGAUUACGAGACCACUGCUCUACCAACUGAGCUAUUAGAUGGUAUGAACAGUCUAGCCCGAACCAAAAACACUCAUCUGUUAAGUAUAUUAAUAAUAGUGGGUUC